AUGCCUGAUUUCCUCAAAGGAAAAAAACAACUAUCCUCCGCAGAAGCCAAUCAUUCUCGAUGUGUUGCUAAAGUGAGAUGGAUCAUCGAAAGUGUUAAUGGAAAAAUCAAACAAUGGCGGUAUUUUUCUCAAACUAUUCAAAAUUCAAGCACUCCUUUUGUCGGUGGUUAUUUAAACAUUAUAUGCGCGCUCAUUAACGCAUAUACAAAGACCAGCAACAUCGAGUCAGAUAAUCAAAAGCAGUGGGCAACAAGGAUGCUAGAACUUCGCGAUAAAGAAAAUCAACUAGAACAGCGUCUUCAGCAAAUCAAUCAAACUAAGAAUAGGCCGCAAUGGAAAAAAUAUGAUGCUCAAAUGGUCAAUUUUCCAACUCUGACCGAAGAAGAUGUACAACAUAUUUGUUUUGGUAGCUAUCUAUUUUCUUUUCUCUCUACACUGCUAAUAUCUUUCAAUAUAGGUACCUACCAAAUCAAACAAGCUAAAAGUUAUAUUGAAGAACAUCUCAAACCUUCCAUUUUGGACAACGAAAAGUACGAAUUUGUUGUUGAGCUUUCUACAAAGCACGUAGAUCUAGUUCGUGUUCGUUUUGCCUCGCGGCAUUCAAGCAAUAAAACCUACAUUGCCACGGUACAAUUCGACGAAGAUGACUAUGAUGAACCAAUUAAAGGAUGGUUUUGUACUUGUGCCGCCGGAGCUCGUAUUAUUGGUUUCUGCACUCAUAUAACGGCUUUGAUUUGGCAUUUAGGUGUUUGUCGUGGUGAAACUGAUUCUUCUGAUCCUCAACUCUCAGCAAAUAAUCUUUUAUCUAACCUCGAAGACUGUAUACAGUAUUCAGAUAAUACCAGCAGUAGCGACGAUGACGAUGACUCAUCAGAGACUAGUUCCGAUGAUGAUUAA